GUCGUCGGGGGCGCGCCGGGGACGCCCGGACAGCGGUUGGCCUCUGACCCGGCGGCUGCGAAUAAAUGGCCGGGAGGUCGGGGCGGUGCGAUGCUGGGCUCUUCCGCGGACUCGGACCGGCCUCGGCCGUCGCUCGGAUCCUGUUUUCUUCGUCCCUUUGGCCUUGUCCCCAGCGGCUGACCGCGGACAGGGAGACAGCUCUUGGUCUCUGCCACCUUCCGCUCCCCUCUGCGGCUGCCCAGGCCUCCGACGAGGGCCAGGUGACAUUUCACUCUGUCAUCUGUGUUUUGGACAUUUUCUCAUAAUGGAGUUCCCUGAUUUGGGGAAGCAUUGUUCAGAAAAAACUUGCAAGCAGCUAGAUUUUCUUCCGUUAGAAUGUGAUGCAUGUAAACAAGAUUUCUGUAAAGAUCAUUUUACCUACUCUGCACAUAAAUGUCCCUUUGCAUUCAAGAAGGAUGUUCAGGUCCCAGUGUGCCCACUUUGUAACAGCCCUGUCCCAGUAAAAAAGGGCGAGAUCCCAGAUGCGGUGGUCGGUGCGCACAUGGAUGGAGGCUGUAAACGUCACCCUGGGAGGAAGAAAGAGGAGAUUGUCUCGCACCGCUGCUCGAAAGAGGGCUGCAGGCGGAAGGAGGUGCUGUGGGUGGCUCGCGCCGAGCGUCGCGGCGCCGUCUGCGUUCAGCACAGACACCCUCGGGACCACGGCUGCGCCCGCGGGGGCCCCCCUGCCGGCACGGCCGGGUGAGGAGAGGCCCGGCUCGGCCUGCCUGCGCUUGCGACGACCUGGACCCGUGUGGCACGCUCAGCUCUCGGUGUUGACCACUUGCUGUAGGGGUUUGGGGGAGUAUGAUCUUAAUUAAAAGUGGAUUCCAAAUUGAAGCCGAUUCUAGUCGUUGUUUGCUGGGACUGCAGUUCUGGAGCCAGUAGUGCCCGCUCACCGCGCGGGGCCACGGGGAGGGUCUCCCCCGGCCUCCCCCUCGCCGAGGGUGCUUCCCGUAGGCGCGGGGUCCUCUGGCUUGUGGACGCGUCACCCUGACCUUUCACCUUCCUGCGGCGUUCUCCCUGUGCACGGUGCUGUCCAAGUGUCCCCUUUGCAUAAGGACACUGGUCUGUGGGGUCGGCGCAUGGCGAGCUCACCCUCCCUCCAAAUAGGUCCUGGGUGUCGACUCCACCCCACCUUCUGAUGGGGGCAGUUCAGCCCCUUCACCGGUUAUUAACAGGGAGAACCUUCCUCGAGUCGGUGGACGCGUCUGCCCCCACCUUCCGUGGGUAGAAAUGGAAGCCCGAGUCACCUGUCACUUCCACUCGGCUGUUUCUCAUGGUGUCUGUGCCCGAGCCGGGCUGGGGGGCGACCUCGUCCCUGCAUGCAUGGCUCUCGGCACCGGGAGGGGUUGGCUG